GGCCUCUUCCGCGCGGUCACGGAGCAGCUGGACAACAUCACCCGCGCCGUGGGGAAUUCUUCCAAGAGCUACAACUGCGCGAAAAGCCUCUUGAUGUCUGAUAGGUUACAGAUAGUCGUGGUGCUUUCAGAGUUCUUUAACAAAACUUGGGAGGAGGCCAAUUGUGCAAAUUGCUUGAAGAACAGCAGUGAAGGGCUAUCAAAUGCUACAAUAGAGUUCCUGGACUUAUUCAAUAAAACACUGAUGUGUUUUGAACAUAACCUCCAGGGGCAAGCAAUCAGUUUGGUAGCAAGUAACUAUACAGAGGUAUGCAGAAACUGUAAUGUAACUUAUAAAAAGCUGAAUACUCUGUAUACUGAAAUGCAGAGAGAGUCAGAGCAUGGCGAAUCAGAACACAGCAAGCACUUGUGUAUUGAUGUGGAAGAUGCAAUGAACAUUACUCGAAGGCUUUGGAGUAGGACUUUUAACUGUUCUGUCCCCUGCAGUGAUACAGUCCCAGUGAUUGCAGUUUCUUCAUUUAUCCUUUUCUUGCCAGUUGUGUUUUAUCUUAGUAGCUUCCUUCACUCAAAGCAGAAGAAGCGUAUACUGUUUCUGCCCAAGCGUUUCCAGUCAAAUGCCAGUCUUGUGAACAUCCAGGAAAAAUACAGCUGAGCUGUAAAGACAAAACCUGAAAACUGCAACUGCGGGUAUAUUGGAUACAAUUGUGAUGGAUUAAGGAUGGCACAAAAGAGGAGUUUAAUUAUGGUUCAGUGUAAUGAUAUAGAACUACACAAGUUAAACAGAAUGCUGUCUGACUCCUAAACGGGUAUAUUAACAAACAUGGGAAGGCAGGCCUCUGAGACAUUGUAUAGGCUUUGGUUUUGAAGAAUAAUUUUGAUCUCUUCAGAUGUGCUGAAGCUUUUCUGACUUUAUACAGGUUUUUGUACCUUUCUUUUGUACUUCUCUCAUUUCUUUAUUUCCUUUUCUUUUUCAUUCGCUAUAGUCACUCCAUAAAAAUCUAGUUUGUCAGUUCUUUUAAUUUCCCUAUAUAUUAGUACAGUCUGUAUCUGUUCUUUUUGAUGUGGUUCUUGUGACUUAGCAAAGUUUAAUUUAUGCAUUGAAGGUUUUGGUUUAAGUCAGUAAUGGAGUUAGAAUGUUUCAAAGUAAAAAUUCCAUCUGGUCAAAUCUAGGUUCUGUAGGGCUUCGCUGCAGAUCUGUAAAACCAGCCCCCUAGUAAUACCUCUCAGUAGUCAUGCUGCUCUGUUUUGUUGUUUUUUUUUAAUGGUCUCUUUAAAUGUCUGAAAGUUGAAUACGUAAUUCCAAUGUCAGCUACAAACAGAGCAGAACUGCCAGUGAUGCACAUUGUUGGUGUUCACAGAUAAUAGCAGCAUUCGGCUCUCUUGGAAACAUACUACGUAUUUAAAUGGUUAGACACACAAGCCACUAAAAUCCUAUUUUUUCAAAUGUUAUGUGUGAAGAGUCUUAUUUUUGGUAUAACACAUCUGCAUGGAUAUAGUUGGGUAUGUGUUAGUGUUGGUCUUUUACUUUAUCAACAUUGUUUUAUUUUCUUUUUAUUUAUAUUUUGAUUUAUCCUUUUUAAAAGGUUAAGAUAAGUCACUGGAGAUGCUGAAUUGCUUGGGUUAGAGCCUGUGGUAGUUUAAGUUAAAAGGUGCUUAUGCAUAUUUUGGCGAAAAAGAUAUUCUUAUUAAAACAAAUUAAUAUUUAAUAGCAGAAAAACACAGCUAUUGUAGAACUUCAGAACAGUCUUAAGGUAAAUAUAUUGUGCUCAAACCUUUGAUUUUUCUGUACUGAAUUUUGUUGCCCUUAGUUAACUUUCUAGAAUCUGUUAAAAUUAGGUUCAUUGUUACAAGGUUAAUAUUAACAAACGUAAAACCUAUAGUACUCUGUAGAUCAGAAACAAAAACUUGUACCAUAAUCACUAAAGUUGAUAGGCCUACUGACAUCUUAAAUGCACAGUUUUUUAGUGGUGUGCUAAUACAGGAACUUGUCUGGUAGAUUAGUCCUCAACUGUUCUCAACACUUUGCUGAAAUUAAAAAAAAAACAACCCUCAAGGGUGGUUGAAAUGAGGCUGGUUGUAAUAAAGGGUCCAUAUUCCAUCCCAUGUUACAACUAUAAGAUUAAAGGGCACAUCAAAUAAAUUUAUCUGUGAAAACUACUCAUGUGAGAAGCUUCUGACUAAAAAGUUAGCAUUUUUUUUCUUUAACUUUCUGUGGUUUGAUGACAUUUUUAUGGUUUGCUUGGUUUCUUGGUUCUGUCUCUAGCUAAUUGGUCACUUUUUUCCCCAUGCUAAAAAGACCUGACUAAACAUCAACGUAGGAAAAAAGAUCCUAAAACAUUUUUCAAAAUAGACUUGGAACAUACUGUCAGUUUAAAAUCAAGUUGAAGGUCCCUUAAUAUUAAGUAACAAAAUGUGUCAGCAUUUGGCUGCUAUUAAUGCAACUGCUUUCUUUGCAUUUUGUGAGUAGGAAGUAUUAUAUCCCUCUGCUAAUCAUAUGAAUUACUUGGAGUGGUUGAUUUGUGUUUAAAGCCUAAAUAGGGUUGGAUUUCUUGUCUCUAGGGAACUUGCUGACGCUUCAGCUUGUUAUAGGUAAGCUGUCACAAUAGUAGAAAAAUGUUUUACGUUCCUUACCGUGUGCAGUUAUCUUCCUAGGACAGGGGGAAAUUAUUUGUUUUAAAGAUGCCUAUUUUUAUAUUGAUUGUACUCAAAUUUCAGCCUGCUGGGAUUUAUUCGACUGCUGCCCCUAAUAGCAUUACUUUGAUUUGAGACAUCAUAUGAUUGAGGACUGUUCAAAGCAAUCUUUCAUUCAUGCAGAUAAAGCCAGUUUGUAUGUGCAGAGUUACAGAAUGACAGCUUUUAUACCCUAAGCAUUGGCUUUUUGAGCACAUUCUUAUUAAGUAGGUCUGAAAGUCAUUACUCCUGGAUAUAGGGGUUAAGCACUUAAAAAAAAAAAAAAAAAAAAAAGCAGCUUUUAUUAUUUUCCUGGCUGCUAAGCCAAACAGAAGUACUCAUGUGAUAUUUUGUUUGCUGUUUUUUUGUUUUGUUUUGUUUUUAAGCAGCAGCAAUGUUUACACACAAGAAAUACCUGGCAACCUAUAUCUUCUGUUAUUCCUUUUUGUUACCUUGUAAUACUAGUUUCCUUUACACAAUUCUGUCAUCUUAGUAAUAUCUUUCAUAUGAAAACGUAAAGGGUUUUCUUUAUUUCCUGGAAUUUCCUGUUCCAAAAAAGAGAUGUACAGAAAAUAACCAGGAAAAGAAAAAGCUGAAUUUCUUCUGGCUGCUAAUCUUUUAACCUAAGUUUGUUUUCUGGUGAGUGUGAUGAUAAAUAUAUAUAUAAUGUCUACUUUUGAAGUAUUAGCUGUUUGUAUUUUUGGUGCAAAUAAAGAAUGUUUGUUUUUA